CUCGAACACUAUGGUAUUUCCAUCCUCCCCGGCUCUGGCGCCGACAGCUCCAGGUAUCUGGGAGGAGAGCGGACACAAGUGCGGGAAGCCGUGGAGAAUAUAGAGGUUUUCCCCGGGUCCUUCAGCCGAGCCGCACCUCCACGAUGAUGAGUUAUUACAUGGACACGACCAUUGGCAAUGCAGCUCCCUAUCCUUUGGCUCGGCCUGGAAUUAUGAAGCACGGGGCGCCCGCGCCCUGCCAGGACCCCUGGGUGACGUGUGGCUGCCAGGCCUCGUGCUGCCCGCCCUGGGACGAGCCCGCCACGCAGGAGGUGCCCACCGGGCUGGAGCACUGCGGCACCGACAUGGAAUGUGCAGAUGUGCCUUUAUUAACGCCCAGCAGCAAAGAAAUGAUGUCCCAGGCACUGAAAGCCACCUUCAGCGGCUUUGCCAAGGAGCAGCAGCGGCUGGGAAUUCCCAAAGACCCCCAGCAGUGGACGGAGACGCACGUGCGGGACUGGGUGAUGUGGGCAGUGAACGAGUUCAGCCUCAAGGAAGUGGAUUUCCAGAAGUUCUGCAUGAAUGGAGCUGCCCUCUGUGCCCUGGGCAAGGAGUGCUUCCUGGAGCUGGCGCCUGACUUCGUGGGAGACAUCCUUUGGGAACAUCUGGAGAUCCUGCAGAAAGAGGAGGUGAAACCGUACCCAGCAAACGGAGUGAACACCACAUACCCCGAGUCCCGCUACACUUCAGACUACUUCAUUAGUUACGGCAUCGAGCACGCCCAGUGCGUGCCCCCCUCCGAGUUCUCCGAGCCCAGCUUCAUCACCGAGUCCUACCAGACCCUGCACCCCAUCAGCUCGGAGGAGCUGCUGUCCCUCAAGUACGAGAGCGACUUCCCGUCGGUGCUGCUGCGGGAGCCAGCGCAGGACUCGCUGCAGACAGACUACUUCUCCAUCAAGCAGGAGGUGGUGACGCCCGACAACAUGUGCAUGGGCCGUGCCAGCCGAGGUAAGCUGGGGGGCCAGGACUCCUUCGAGAGCAUAGAGAGCUACGACAGCUGUGACCGCCUGACGCAGUCCUGGAGCAGCCAGUCCUCCUUCCAGAGCCUGCAGCGCGUCCCCUCCUACGACAGCUUCGACUCCGAGGACUACCCUGCCACCCUGCCCAGCCACAAGCCCAAGGGCACCUUCAAGGACUAUGUGCGGGACCGGGCCGACAUGAACAAGGACAAGCCUGUCAUUCCUGCUGCUGCCUUGGCUGGAUACACAGGCAGUGGACCCAUCCAGCUGUGGCAAUUUCUGCUGGAACUGCUCACUGACAAGUCCUGUCAGUCCUUCAUCAGCUGGACAGGCGAUGGCUGGGAAUUCAAACUUUCAGACCCAGACGAGGUGGCCCGGCGAUGGGGCAAGAGGAAAAACAAGCCCAAGAUGAACUACGAGAAGCUGAGCCGCGGGCUGCGCUACUACUACGACAAGAACAUCAUCCACAAGACGGCUGGGAAGCGCUACGUGUACCGCUUCGUGUGCGACCUGCAGAGCCUGCUGGGCUACACCCCCGAGGAGCUGCACGCCAUGCUCGACGUCAAACCCGACGCCGACGAGUGACAGGGACACGGGGACGCCGCUGUCCUCCGGGGGAGCCACGGGACUUGUCUGGUGGUUCUUUUUUUAUUGAUUUUCGCUGUUCUUCUGCUUGUUUUUUUUUUUUCCCAAGGGCCACGCGGAUUCGAGGCUUUGAGGAUGUCGGGGGAGAAGGGGGAGGAAGAGGAAAGCUUUUGGGAAGGAUGGGCUGUUUGUUGAUUUCCUGAAAGCUCCAAGAUGGCUUUUCUGGGGGAAAAUUCUGAGUUUUAAGAAAGCCAGAAAAACAUAGCUCACUUAAAAAAACCAACAAUCCCCUCCCCACCCUUGGUUGUUUAGGAAAAAAUGCGAUCGAAUGGAUCCCUUUGGUUGCUCACACACAAACUGACAGGUCAGAAAUGACAAUAUUCCUGAGGAUUCGAGGAAUCUAAACUUUUUUCUUUUGGAAGACCAAAAUGGGUGAAUAUUCUUGCUUUGGGGAGGGGCAAUAUAGGAAAAAGUCAAGAACUGUUGUUCUUGUUCCAUCACCUUUCUGUCCAUUGUCUUCUUUUCUAUGAGAGAUAGAUUUUUUCCUAGUAAGAAUCAAGACUUCUUUAUUUUUUUUAAUUUUUUUUAAUUAAAUUUUGUGCCAGUAUUUUUGUUUUGUUUUGUUUUUUUGUUUUGUUUUUUUUUUUUUUUUCUAAAUAGUCUUAAGCUCUAAGAUGGUCUCAAUAUUGCAAUAUUGUGUGUGUUUGUUUCUGUUCUGCCAGCAGAGAGUUUUAUCCCAGGGAAGAAAAAGAGAAAAAAAGGAAUUAGUUUAUGUAGACCCCACUGGAGAAUUGGAAUGCUGGGACUGGGAUGGGAAGGAAAAUGAGCUCCAAAGUGGCUCCUGUUGAUGCUGGCUGGGGGUGCCACUCAUGUUUCCAGCCCCACACACUGUGCUGAUAAUGCUGGUUGAAACCCCUGCAUUUUUUUAAUGUUUGGGUGCACAAUUCUUCUCAAAAUGUCUUUUUCCAUUUUCCAAAUCACUUCUUUUGCUCAAGGAACAUUUUGGUGCUUACAGAAAAAAAAUGUUGGGAGGGGGAAAGGAGAGAAAUUCCCAUGUUUUCAAUGUGGUAAAUGGAAAAUAUGCAAGUUAAUUGAGGGGAAAAAUCAGGGAAAAGUUCAAAACCCAAAGGGAAAUGUUUUUUCCUUCCUAUUUCAAGCAGCUCUGUCUUUAUGGCCGUGUGUGGGCAGAGCAGAAAGGAAAUUGUCCCUGCAAAUGGGCUCUUUAUGGCGCUAGGGCUGCUGCUCCCACCAAUCCUGUCAGGGUGUGAGUGACACAGAGCCCCGCCGGUGUCACCAGGGAUGGCUGUGGGAUCAGUCCCGGGGCAGCUGCUCCCUCUGGCCUCCAAACCCUUCCUGCAGCUGGUUUGCUCUGGGAGGUCGCUUCUGCAGCUCCCAGGGCUCCCUGGGAUGCUCUGGGCAGGCUGAGGACAAGGUCCCACCGCCGUUGGGAGCACUCGGUGGGAGCUGGAGGGUCAGAGGUUGUUCCCAUAUCCCAUAUCCCAAAAUCCCAGUACAAUCCCAAAGCCAGAUCCCUGCACAUUUGGCUGUCCAAGGGAAUCUCUCACCCCCCUGGGUGUUUGUAUUUAAAGGCAGCAUUUUGUACUUUACCAAAAUCCCUUCUCUGUGUGUGCUUUGUCUGUGUCUUUGGGGCACAGAGCUGAUUCCAGAGGCACUGUGGGACAGCUCUGGGAAUCAGGGGGUCAGAGCCUUUCCAGGGGUGCUGCAGAGUGAUUCCUGCCUGAUCCCAGUGGAUCAGGUGGCAGGACAGGAAUCUGUGUAAAAUAGCCAGAAUAUUCAGGCACAACCCCCCCCACAGCUGGAGGGGAGCCCAAUCCCAAAGUGACGCCCAGAGGUGCUGGGCUCUCCUCCUUUCCUCUGGAGCUGGGGGGACCCAACACCUCUGUAUCCUAAAACUGGUCAUUUUAGGGAAAGUCAGCCCCAGAACUGCUGUGUCCCUAUAAAAGGUUGUGUUGGAGGGGAAAUGGGAAGGCCAGGAGGGAGCUCCUGCCAAGGGGGUGGAAGCAGAGGGGGGUCCAGGAAGGGAGGUUGUUACACUCGGGAGCUGCUGGUGGUCCGAAGGAAGGGGUGGGAUGGAUGGAAAGGAGGGAAGAGGGGAUGAGAGGAAGGUGAGGGGAACCCCAAAGGAGGAAAGGGACACUGCCCACUGAGAAGUGGAACUUGGGCUCCUCUCCUUGGGCAGGCAGGGAGGAGGAGGAUGGAGGCAGCCUGGCCAGGCUGGAGGGAGGAAAGGAAAACUGGGGUAUCAUGAAUGAGACCCCCACAGGUGAGGCUCUGGGACAGAUCCAGCCUGAGCCAAGGCUGGGCAGCUGGACAGGGAGCCAGGAGAGGUGUGAGGGCACAGAGUGCACAGGGAGGAGCUGGUCAAGAGCAUCCCAAGAGGUAGGGUUGGAUUUCCAGCAAUCAGAGGGGGUUUUUGGGAUGUUCAGGGUUGCUGCAAAGUGCCCCGAGCUUGCCCAUCGUGGUCACUUUAAUCCCCCUUCCACCCUUACAAAGGACUCCCAGACAUUCCAGCUCCUGCCCCUGGCAUGGGCCAUGUCCCAGGACAUCCCUCCUGCUUUGCUGAGAUGCUCCAACUGAAAAAGAUAAAAAAUGGGAUAAAAUUUCCCUAAAUAGGAGGAAUUGCAGGUUUGGCUACAACCCCAUCCCCUGCCAGGAUAAAUCCCUCAUCCCCUGUGCUUAUUCCAGGUUUCCAAGCUGAGCCUGAGUGUUCCGAGUGAUUUUGGGGAGUUGGUUAAAGGUUAGGAAGGGUGAGCCAUGGGAAGCAGCUCUGGAUUUUUGGAAGCAGCCUCUGGCUGGAGUUUCUUGAUCGUUUCUCCCGGCCCUUUGCCCUCCCACCUCACAGCCUGUGAACAGACACAUCAGCUCCACCAUUUCCUAUUUUCCUUUGCUUUUCUUCCCAUUCUAGAGGCCAUCCCAGAGAUGGGUGCUGUUUAUACACUGGAAAUGUGCAUAUUUCUCUUUAUUUCUUUUGCUUUGGUUCCUCUUUCCUUCUGCUUUUCAUUGCUGGCCUUUGGCGAGGGCUGUGCUGAACCAGAGGAGCUCAACCCAAACCCUCUGAGCUCCUUCAAGUCCAUGAAAAUUUGGUUAAUUCCCACCUGCUGGCCCAGAAGGAUGGAUUUGAGAGGGGUGAUGGAGAUCUGCCAGGGCUGGGACUCCCUCCUGUGCUGCUUCCUCCACACAGGAGAGAAUUUCCUCUGGCAGAUGCUGUUGGAAACGGGGUCAUUUUCUCUUGGUUUGUAAUGUCUCAGGUGCUUUGGGUGAGUUUUUGGGAUAUUUUCUGUGUCCUGCUCAUUUUCUGCUGUUUCCAUGUGGGUUGGUGUCCCCUUGGCCCCUCUGGCAGAGCCUGGGUCCUACUUGCAAAGAGCCUUGGGGGCCCUGACAGUUGAUAUUUGAGAACUCAAAAAUUAAGGGAAAACCCCAACAAUGCUAAAAACCACCCCAAUAAUGAUAAAACCCACACCAACAAUGACAAAAACCACAAGCACUUUCCCUUUCUGUCUCCAUGUGUGGGAUCACCAUAAUCCUUGGACACUGGGGGAGAAAUAACCAAACAGGGCAAAAAAUAAUGUAAAAUUUCACUUUCUCCUGUCUUCCCAAACCGACACCUCCUCCAAAAAGCAGUCCCAGAAAGCACCAGUAAAUCCAGAUGCUGCAGAAAACAUCUCCACCUUCUGAGUUUUGAUGUUUUGGAGGGGUUUUCUCUGAGGUUUUAAGAUUCAAUUGCUGGUUCCUUGUGAACAUUGGAAAUCUGGGAUGCCUUGGUGUGCUCUGCUCCUUGAUAGGGUCUGUGUAACACCCAGGAGCUGUUGUCUACAUUCCAAAGAGGUUUAAAUAAUGGAUAAAUCUAUGUAUACAUAUAUGUUAUAAUGGAAUAUCUCCAGGAAUUAACUGCCUCAGUAAAAAAAAAGAAAAAUAACAACAACAAAAAACCAAAAAAAGAGAAGUCUUUUUUUUUGUUUUAUUUUGGUUUUACACAUUUUUUUAAGCUGAUAAACUUAGAAGUAAAAAAAAGAGAGAUUGUUAUAUUGUGCUGUUCGACUAUUUUCCAACGUGUAUUUUCAUAUAAUUUAUAUUUUUAAAAGUGGGGAAAAAAAGUUUAAAAGUGAGAUUAAAAAAAAAAACAAAAACAAAAACAAGGAAAAAGCAGGUGCUUUUUUACAAAACCCUGAGCUGAGGUAGCUUAGAGAUGUAGCGAUGUGUGUGUGUGUCCAUGUGUUGUGUCUGGUUCUGUUUGUUUUUUUAAAAAGGAUUAAAAAAAAAAAAUCCCUCCUCCAUUGAAUUCCUAGAGGAGGGGAUUGGUUUUGUUUUAAUUGCUGAUGCUGGCACAUCAUUUUGCUGGAGAGUUUUUUAUAUACUGUAGCCUUAUUUCAUAUCGUAUUUUAAACCAUGUGAAAUUACAAGAAGAAUAAUUCUUAA